AUGUCUGCUCAUUCAUCGCCUCCCCCGGCGCAGGGGCAACUCGCUCCGGACAUAGAUGAGACAAAGUUACCAAGUGGACAAUGUCGCUAUAUAUUGCUCAACCCGGAGAUCAAGGGACACCGCUGCGGCUGUGUGGGAUUCACCCUCAACCGCUCAGUGCCGGGCGUUUCCUGCGAGUGUGGCCAUCUUUCAUGUUAUCACAUCAAAGCCCCCGAGCAGCCACCAGAUCAAGCACAAAUAGAACAGCUCGUUCGUCGCGUUCGGGCAUUGGAGGAACAACUCGACCGGGAGAAUCAGGGUGGUCUUGGCAGUGCUUUGAGUACCGUCAUCAACCGGCUAGGUGACCUGGAGGAACAAUAUGAGAAGAGCAAGGAAGACUUUGGACAAGAAAAUCGAAACAUCUACCGGCAAAUCACAAGUGUAUGGCAGUCCGUCGAUCAGGCGGGUAAGCGGCAGGUCGAAAUGCACAAUCGCCUGGCUGUAUAUGAUGAGAGGCUUGAAGAGCACGAUGACGGCAUGCGACGGCUUGAGAGACGGUUGAUGGAGUCGGAUGAUGCCGCCAUCGACCUGGAAGAACGCAUGGACCGACUAGAAGAAGCGGAUCAACGGGACCCUCGUCCACGGAGAAGCUCUUCUUCAAACUCCAGGCGGCCCGACGUCUUGAGCUUGACCACGGACUUACAGCGUGGUCGCAGCGGAUCACGGGAGGUGGGACGGCACCAAACGGGAAAUCUACCCCUGGCUACUCAGAUGACCAACACAACGGCGGCCGGUGUGGUCCGGCCAUGGACGGUCCACGUAUCACUCAUGCCCAUGGCUACGGUAGCCUUUCCUUUUGAGAAGGACACCAACGCGUACAAGCGGUGUCUUUCUCGGGGCCUUCACCAAAUGAUUGCCGUGCAGGGAACGGACAGUGAAUCCUUUUCCAGAGCCGUGGCAGCAGCCUUUGGCAGCCUCCUAAAGGGACGGCCGUGGAUGCCACUGCAAGCACGGCUAUGCGAGGCCGAGACGCUGUUGGGACUGCCCAUGCUCCGACCAUUGGAGCCGACCUUGAUCGACGCAAAAAAUUAUGACCAGGGAUUCCUCAGCACGCACUGCGCAGUUUGUGGGCCCAAUGGGAAAAUGGACUCGCUGUAUAUUGCCAUGCAGCUUGACACGUUCUCGUGGCACUUUCUACAGCGAUCGCCAUGUUAUCUCCAGGGACUCGAGGAAAGCUGGGCCUACGAUCCGCUCCUGGACCGCAACGAUCCAAUCGAAGAUGACAGCAUGGAUGAGGAGGACAGACCAUCGGCUGGAGAUAUCCUGCAGCCGCUGCCGUGCCUGAAAAGAACAUCGUCGCAAAUCUCCAGAACGCCGAGCUUCAGUGCUGGCUCGGGGGAAGGGGAAGGCUCACGAUCCAAGGUGGCACGGACGGGAGCCUUAGCUGUCCCGGUGCCACUAGAGCUCCGUAGACGGGCGGAAAAGGUCUAA